CGUGGACUUUAGAGAGAAGAAGAUUCAGGAUGAACUUCUGUCAGUGAAUCAACAGUUUGACUCAACGCUGUGAUUGGCUGAGUCCAACACAUUAAACAAACAGCUGUCUCAUGUUACAGUGACAACAGUGAAACCGUGUAGGAGGGUUGACUCUGUUCCAGUUGAAGAAACACUGAGUUUACGUACCUGGCUUCAUUGUGUGUGUUUGAGCUCACAGUGUUUUUCCUCUCAGGCUGAAGAUGAGUGGUUUUGAGGAGGAAGAGGACAGAGCAGAGUCUCCAGGGUUCAGCUGUUUGUCUCUGAAGAGUGACCAGUCCAUGGGUCAUCCUGACAACUUCAGUAAAGAACUUGGACCCUCACACAAAAAAGGUCAGGACCACAGACGGAGAUCAGAGUCUCCAGUGUUCAGCUGUCUGUCUCUGAAGAGGGACUGGUCCAUGAUUCCUCCUCUAAACUUCAGUAUUGAACCUGGACCCUCACACACAGAAGAGAGGAAGAGGACUCAUGUUUCUGAGGAGGAGCAGUCGUCCUGCUGUGCUUCAUGUCAGGACGUCCUGAAGGAUCCAGUCUCCACUAGCUGUGGUCACUGGUUCUGCAGACAGUGCAUCACCUCUUACUGGGACCAGUCUGGUUCUUCAGGAGACUCCUCCUGUCCCCAGUGUGGACAAAGAUCCAGAACAGGAGCUGGAGCAGAUCGUGGUCUGCAGGAGGUUUCAGAUGAACAUAAGCUCAGCCUGAGGAGGAGAUGUGAACAUGUGACUGAAGGAGCUGAUGAAACAGGAAGUAGAACCCUCCUCAACAGGAUCUACACUGAGCUCUACAUCACAGAGGGACAGAGUGAAGAGGUUAAUACUCAACAUGAGGUGAGACAGCUUGAGACUGCUUCCAAGAUGAAGAUCCUCCACGACACUCCCAUCAAGGUCCACGACAUCUUUAAAGCCUCCACUGACCAGCAGAGCAGCAUCAGAGUCGUCCUGACCAAUGGCGUCGCUGGCGUUGGAAAAACCUUCUCGGUGCAGAAGUUCACUCUGGACUGGGCAGAGGGUUUAGAAAACCAGGAUGUGGGUCUGCUGACUAUGCUUUCGUUCAGGGAGCUGAACCUGGUGAAGGACCAGCAGCACAGUCUUCUCACGCUGCUCCAUGUUUUCCAUCCAGCGAUACAGAAGCUCACUGCAGAGACGCUCGCUGUCUGUAAAUCUUUGUUCAUCUUUGACGGCCUGGAUGAAAGCAGACCUUCUCUGGACUUCAACCACAAGGAGCUUGUGUCUGAGGUCACACAGAGGUCAUCAGUCAACGUGCUGCUGACAAACCUCAUCCGGGGGAAUCUGCUUCCCUCGGCUCUCGUCUGGAUAACCUCCAGACCUGCGGCGGCCAAUCAGAUCCCUCCUGCAUGUGUUGACAGGGUCACAGAAGUACGAGGCUUCACUGACGCCCAGAAGGAGGAGUACUUCAGGAGGAGAUUCAGGAAUAAAAGGCUCUGCAGAAGAAUCAUCUCACACAUCAAGACGUCCAGUAGCCUUCACAUCAUGUGUCAAAUCCCAGUCUUCUGCUGGAUCAGUGCUACAGUUCUGGAGCACAUGUUGACCACAGACCAGAGAGGAGAGCUGCCCAAGACCCUGACUGACCUGUACUCACACUUCCUGCUGGUUCAGACAAAGAGGAAGAACAACAAGUACAGUGAGGGACAUGAGACGACUCCACAGCAGCUGACGGAGGCUGACAGGGACGUUCUCCUGAAGCUGGGGAGGCUGGCACUUAAACAUCUGGAGGAAGGAAACAUCAUGUUCUACCAAGAAGACCUGGAGCGCUGUGGUCUUAAUGUCACAGAGGCCUUGGUGUACUCAGGAGUUUGUACUGAGAUUUUCAGAAGAGAGUGUGUGAUCUUCCAGAAAUCAGUCUACUGCUUUGUUCAUCUGAGCGUUCAGGAGUUUCUGGCUGCAGUCUACAUGUUCCACUGUUACACCAAGAGGAACACAGAAGAACUCAACAACUUCUUGGGAACAUAUGGGGACACCUGGGGUACCUUCUCCCUGGAUGAGCUCCUGAAGAGAACCAUGGAGAAAUCCCUCACCAGUACAAAUGGUCAUCUGGACCUGUUUGUCCGCUUCCUUCACGGCCUCAGUCUGGAGUCCAACCAGAGAGUCUUAGGAGGCCUGCUGGGUCGGACAAAGAACAAUCCAAAUAUCAUCCAGAGAGUCUUAGGAGGCCUGCUGGGUCGGACAGGGAACAAUCCAGAGAUCAUCCAGAGAGUCAUCAACAACCUGAAGGAGAUACAGACUGAUGACAUUUCUCCUGAUAGAAGCAUCAACAUCUUCCAUUGUCUGACUGAGAUGAACGACCACUCAGUUCAUCAGCAGAUGCAACAGUUCCUGACGUCAAAGAACAGAUCAGAGGAGAUACUCUCUGAGAUCCACUGCUCAGCUCUGGCCUACAUGCUGCAGAUGUCAGAGGAGGUUCUGGAUGAGUUGGACCUGAAGAAGUUCAACACAUCAGACCACGGUCGAUGGAGACUGAUCCCAGCUGUGAGGAACUGCAGGAAGGCUCGAUUUGUUUGUUGUCGACUCUCAGAAACUCACUGUGAAGUCGUGGCCUCAGCUCUGAAGUCAGACCCUUCACAUCUGAGAGGACUGGAUCUGAGUGGAAACUUCCUGCAGGAUUCAGGAGUUAAGCUGCUGUGUUCUGGACUGGAGAGUCCAAACUGUCGACUGGAGACUCUGAGGUUGAAGAGCUGCAGUCUGUCAGAGAUCAGCUGUUCUUCUCUGGCUUCAGCUCUGAAGUCAAACCCCUCUCAUCUGAGAAAACUGGAUCUGAGUGAAAACUACAACCUGCAGGACUCAGGAGUGAAGGAGCUGUGUGGUUUUCUACAUAGUCCAACCUGUCGACUGGAGACUCUGAGGGUGUGGAGCUGCAGACUCGCAGAGAUCAGCUGUUCUUCUCUGGCUUCAGCUCUGAGGUCAAACCCCUCUCAUCUGAGAAAACUGGAUCUGAGUGAGAACAACCUGCAGGACUCAGGAGUGAAGGAGCUGUGUGGUUUUCUACAGAGUCCAACCUGUCGACUGGAUACUCUGAGGUUGGAUAGCUGCAGUCUGUCAGAGAUCAGCUGUUCUUCUCUGGCGUCAGCUCUGAGGUCAAACCCCUCUCAUCUGAGAGAAUUGGAUCUGAGUGACAGCGACCUGCAGGACUCAGGAGUGAAGGAGCUUUGUGGUUUUCUACAGAGUCCAACCUGUCGACUGGAGACUCUGAGGUUGAGGUACUGCAGACUGCCAGAGAUCAGCUGUUCUUCUCUGGCUUCAGCUCUGAGGUCAAACCCCUCUCAUCUGAGAGAACUGGAUCUGAGCCACAACAGGCUGCAGGACUCAGGAGCGAAGGAGCUGCUUGAUCUACAGCAGAGUUCAACCUGUCGACUGGAGACUGUGAGGUGGAGGAGGUCUUGGUGAUGGUGAGUGUGAAGAGGACAGUGUGUGUGUAUGUGGGGAGCGGAGAUGGUCCUCGCUACCGAUUGUGUUUAUUCACAUGAAGAAUGUGUUUAUUGAAAUGACACAACACAAGCAGAAUAUAUAAACCCUCUGUAAAGAGUCACAUAGAGUGUGUUUAACUUUGCAUUUAUUAUUUUCCACCUUUGUCCCUCAGUAUGUAUCCAUGUGUGUAGAACCACAUUCUGUGUAUAUGUUUGUUUAUGAUCAUAAAUUUCCUGGAUUCACAUCACAAAUUGAUUUAGUUUAACACAAAGUUAAACACAUUACUUUGAGAUUAAAAUCAGAGUUUUGUCUUUGACACAAAAGAUCAAAACUGUGGACUUAAAAAUGGGACGUUUUCAUUUCUGCAUCAGGUGCAGAGCGGUGGUGGCUUUUCUACUUUUGACCCACAGGUGGCGCUGCAGUAUAACAGCAGCACAUCCCAGUCAAAGCCUUUAUAUUCAGUCUAUGAGUCAAACACAUGGAUCAUUUCCUCUGUGACAAACCAGAUGUAACGAGAAGAAAAACAUCUCAGAGAGAAAAGUUCUGUUUCUACUUGUUUCUGCUUUAAUGCUCAAUAAACAUCCUUCCACCGACUUCA